AUGCCCGGAAGUCUGGUGCAGGAGGAGAAGCGCCUGGACGUUGCGGCGGAGCCCCAGGAGAAGGCCGGAGAGAGCGAGGCGGAGGAGUCUGGGGGCGAAUGCGCGGGCGAAGCAGCAGCAGCAGCAGCAGGGGGGGAGGGGGCAGCAGCAGCAGCAAAGAAGAAGAAGAAAAAGAAGAAGAAAAGCGCAGCAGCAGCAGCAGCAGCAGCAGCAGCAGCAGCAAAAACCCUAGGGUUUGAGCCUGCACAAGAUAACAGCGCGCUGCGCUGCUUAGGCAGCUGGCCCGAACGCAAACCCUCGCAGCAAACGGUGCCUCCCACGAAGACGAUGCAGCAGCUGUUUCCCGCGGGGGAAUUCCCCAAAGGGGAAGUGCAGCUUUACGCGUCGCCGCCCAACGACGCAGAAGCGAGAGAAGCCGAAAGAUUUGACUCUGUCAAUUUGGAGGCUUUGCGAGAAGCUGCGGAGUGCCACAGACAAGUGCGGCGAUAUGCCCAGAGUUUGGUGAAGCCGGGGAUAUCUUUGACUUAUCUUUGUGAAGAAAUUGAAAAAAAAACAGAAACCCUAAUUGCUGCCAAAGGCCUCGAAAGGGGCAAAGGGUUUCCCACGGGGUGCUCUUUGAACGAAUGCGCGGCGCACUACACUCCAAACCCUGGAGAAGACAGAAUCCUCGGAAAAGGCAGGGGUUUGGGGUUUGGGGUUUGGGGUUUAGGCGACAUAUGCAAGCUGGACUUCGGAGUCCAAGUCAGUGGAAGGAUUAUUGACUGCGCCUUCUCCAUUGCAUUUGACCCCAAGUUCGACCCCUUAAUCCAAGCCACGCAGGAAGCGACGAACGUGGGCCUGCGGGCCGCAGGCGUGGACGCGAGGCUUUCCGAAAUCGGGGGUUUAAUUGAAGAAACAAUUUCUUCUUUUGAAUUUAUAAAUGAAAACCAAACCCUCAAAAUAAAACCCGUCAAAAACCUCACCGGCCACUCCAUUGCGCCCUACAGGAUCCACGCAGGCAAGUCCGUGCCAAUUGUGAAGGCCCCCGCGCACAGCGUCUCGUUUUUGAACAUCAUGGAAGAGGGAGAAGUUUACGCAAUUGAAACUUUUGCUUCGACGGGAAAGGGUUUUGUUUCUGAAGAAGGAGAUUGUUCUCAUUUCAUGAAAAGAUUCGACGCGGGUUUUGUUCCUUUGCGACUCAAAACCACCAAAGAACUCCUCAAACUCAUCGACGACAACUUCGGGACGCUGGCGUUUUGCCGGCGGUGGCUGUCGAGUUUGGGAGCAGCAAACCACCAAAUGGCGCUGCAGCAACUCGUGAAAGCAAAUAUAAUAAUUCCUUAUCCGCCGUUGUCAGAUGUGUUUGGGGCUUUCACUUCGCAAAUGGAACACACAGUGUUUUUGGGCAGCAGCAGCAAAGAAGUGCUUUCCCGCGGCCCCGAUUUCUGA